AUGGCCGAAGGGGGAGUCAAGCGAACCGCUUCCCCCACUCGGAGCAUCUCCCCGCCUCCACUCCGCCGCAAGGUUGCGUCGGAUAUCAGCAAGCCGUCCGCUUCUUCCUUUUUCACCCCUGCCUCACAAAGGAAGCCAGCACCGAUGACAUGGCGGAUUCUUGGGACUAGCCUCGUCAUCGGCAAGCAUACACCCGAAGAUGUUCCCAGUACAUGGUCGGAGAAAAAUCGAAAGAUUGCGGCAUUUGAUCUCGACUCAACGUUGAUCAAGACUAAGUCGGGAAAUGUCUUUCCUCGAUCUGCAGAUGACUGGAAAUGGUGGGAAGCCACUACCACUGUCAUUCUCAGGAAAUUGCAUGCUCAAGGAUACCAACUAGUCAUUUUUUCCAACCAGAAGAAAAUCAGCAUACAAAAGGAUGUCAAAGCCGGAAAGACUGAAUCAAAGAGUCUAGCAGCUUUCAAGGAGAAAAUUGCGGCAAUCAUGUCCAUUUUGAAAAUCCCGAUGAGCGUCUAUGCCGCUACCGAGGAUGAUAAAUACCGGAAGCCUCGAACAGGCAUGUGGGAGGAAUUUGUGGAUGAUUGGGAUCUGGAUGUUGUAGGUAUCGACAAGGAGAACUCCAUCUUUGUGGGUGAUGCUGCUGGACGUCCCAAAGACCACUCUGCCUCAGAUUUUGGGUUUGCGGCAAAUCUCGGUUUGACCUUCCAGACGCCAGAUGCAUUCUUUCGAGGGUUUCCUGAAAACCCCGUUACGGUUUUCAAUCCCGCCACAUACACCAAGGCAGAACCAAGCGCACCUCUCCCCCAGGCCUUUGUUCGCAAAUAUCCCCAAGAACUGGUCAUCUUCUGUGGCAGCCCAGCAUCAGGGAAAUCGACCUACUACCGGAACAAUCUACAGCCAUUGGGCUACGAACGAGUCAAUCAAGACAUCCUCAAGUCGCGCCCAAAAUGCGUCAAAGUAGCCCGUGAACACCUCGAAGCAAAGAAAUCCGUCGUUAUCGACAACACCAACGCAGACCUGGAGACAAGACUCGUGUGGAUUACGCUAGCAAAGGAAUUGGCCGUUCCGAUUCGUUGCGUGCACCUUCUCUCUCCGCCCGAACUAUGCAGGCACAACAAUGCCGUUCGAGCUGCCAACAAAGAAAUGAACCCCGAGGCGCGCACAUCUCUUCCAGUGAUUGCGUUUUUUGAUUUUCAGCGCCGAUACAAGGAGCCACGUCUCGAAGAGGGAUUCGAGGAUAUCACCACUGUAGAGUUUCGGUUUGAGGGAACGGAGGAGGAGCGUAAGAUUUGGGGUCAGUAUUGGGUUUAA